AUGGUCAUGACAGCGGCGCCGCGCGAUGAAGCUGUUGACAAGCCCCUGAGAGGCGCUAUUGCGGAGAUGGGGUCCCUGGUGGGACUGGCGCCGCGGCCGACGACUGGCGAGGCCGUACAGAAUGUUGGUGUGCUGCGUAGUGUAUCACUGGCGUGGAGAAUUGGGAGGGCGAUGGCGAGGGCAGAAGGGUAUGCUGAUGGGGCGCCGGAUGCGAUUGUGAAGGAAGUUGGGGGUGUCGGGAGCGCAAAGGUCCUGUUUCGGGGGAAGGUGGCCGGAGUGGAUCGCACGCUGAGGAAGGGGCUAUCGGUGGGGGUGUUGCGGAUUGUUGCGGAUACGUCUCAAGCCAGGGCAGCUGGUUCUGAUGAAGAGACGGUCGGCGAGUUGAGGAUUCCCUUUAUCAAUGAGAACAUCCUGGCAGAGCAUGUGGCGUCGGAUGGGACGACCAAAGUAAUCGCAACGGUGCCUGAUCUGAUUUGCCUGAUCGACCGCGACACUGGACGCGCAGUUGGAGUCCCAGAGUAUUGAUACGGCUGCCAUGUUGUUGUGUUGGGGAUUGCCUGCUCGCCACGCUGGACAGAGACUCCCAGGGGCCUGGACGUUGGUGGUCCCAAGGGGUAUGGCUACGACCUCGAAUACACGCCUCUUGGGAAGUAUAGUGAGCCACGCAGUGUUAUUGACGAGUUUCUCCAGAGGGGAGUAGCAUG